UUAAAUUCGUGCAUUUGAUAAUUCAUUGCUUAAUAUAAUUCAGUCAAUUUACUUGCGUCGGGGAACCGGGAAAGAUCAGACACAUCCAACAUGGCCGACGCGCUGACGCCUCGCAACAAAACAGAGCGGAAUGUGACGUGUUACUCAAAUCUCGCGAGACUCAUCGGUGCUCCUUUUCUACCUGCGGCCCCCUCCCCCUCGGUCUUCAUUGGCCGUGUUCAAAGUCCAAUGUUCGGACGACGGAGGAGGAAGGAGGGGGGGGGGGGGGGCCACAACCGCCGCUAAUUCCAGCCGCUCCCGUGAAGCUCCAGUUCCGCUAAAGAGGCUUAAGCAGCCCGGUGGCAGGAGGCACUCAGCGACGCGCACUCAAUUGCUCCGCGAUGUGUUUUAACAGCAUCCCGCAGUUGAGGCUCGGUUGAGGUGCCUCGUUCCAAGUAAGCCUCCGAGACAAACACCGAGCCAUGGCCAAGAAGCAGUCCGAGGCGGCGAGCGGCGACCUGGGCCAGGUGACCGACGACGAGCUCCUCCGCGGGGGCAAAGAGGAGCUCCUGCGCCUGCUGCGCCGCGUCGACGGCGAGAAGAUGAACCUGAUGAUCGAGCACGGCAACCUGAUGAAGGACAUCAACCGGCGGCUCCAGGUGCACCUCCACGAGAUCCGCAGCCUGAAGGAGGUCAACCAGAAGCUCCAGGACGACAACCAGGAGCUCCGCGAGCUCUGCUGCUUCCUGGACGACGACCGGCAGAAGGGCAAGAAGCUGUCCCGGGAGUGGCAGCGCUUCGGCCGCUACACGGCCAGCGCCAUGUGGAAGGAGGUGGGCGCCUACAUGCUCAAGCUCAAGGAGCUGGAGGCCAACCAGGAGACGGUUCUGCGGGAGAACGCCGAGCUCAAGGAGAUCAUCCUCAUGCUGGACGAGGAGAGGAACGGGGCGGGCUCCAGGAGCUCCAUAGACAGCCAGUCCAGCCUCAGCAACCUCAACGGGGGCACCGGGACCGUCCGGGACAUCGGGGACGGCAGCAGCACCUCCAGCGCGGGCAGCGCCGGGAGUCCCGACCACCACCACCAUCACCACCACCACCACCACCACCAGCACAACCAGGUCAACAAGCCCGCCCCGGAGGCCCCCAAGCCGGGCCAGAGCACGCGGAGGUCCAUGGACGACCUGUCGGUGCCGCACCAUCACAGGAGCAUCCCCAAUGGACUCAAUGAUUCCUCCUCCAACUACAUCCGGCAGCUGGAGACCAAAGUGCGAAUCCUGGAGGACGACAACAACAAGCUCCUGUCGCAGGCUCAUAGUCGCUAUAGUUUAUCCCAGAUACACACCAAAAAGUGCAACCCAGGUGACUUGCGAGCCCUGCGGAAAGGGAUGACCCUCUACCACUCCGAGUCGCAGCUGUCCUCGCUGCCCCAGCGCCAGGACGCCACGCACAACAUGGGUUCGGGCCGCCUCCCCAACAGCAAGUCGUCUCCGGCCACGGGAUACCUGUCGUGCGCCCAGAAGCCCGAGGCCGUGGUGCACGCCAUGAAGGUCCUGGAGGUCCACGAGAACCUGGACAAGCAAGUUCCCGAAGACUACGAGGACGACCUCAGCGAGAAGGAGAAGGCGAUCGUCAGGGAGAUGUGCAACGUGGUGUGGCGGAAGCUGGGCGACGCGGCCGGCUCCAAGCUGUCCAUCCGCCAGCACCUGUCGGGCAACCAGUUCAAGGGGCCGCUGUAGCGCCACUUGCCGCCAGCGGGGGGCGGCGGCACAAAAUCGCCGACGUUGCGGACGCUUGACUUUCCGGCUGUCGUCACGGAGACGGAAGACGCCAACACAACACGGUUCCGAGCACAGGUUUUUUUUUUUUUUUUUUUUUCUUCCUGGAAAUCUGCCUGUACUUUUUGUUUUUUUUUUUGGUAUGGACCUCUCUGGCGCCCUCUAGCUUCCGCGAAGGGCAGCGUUUUCCAGUCGCCGGGUCAAAGUGUCGCUGUACAAUUUUUGGUUAGUGUUACUUAAUGCAUUAUGAAGGGUUGAUGCAUAACCACAAGUUGUAAGCGUAGCCUAACGUCAAACAUUGAGUUCAUUUUCAUUUUUUUUUCCAGACGUUGCACAGCGAUGCCCUGCCACGUUUCUCGCUAGCCAGUAGAAGAUGUAGAACUUGUGGUCGUGACUUUGACUUUGGCACCUUUUGGGCUCGUAAACGUCUCCACACCUCCGUCAGCUUUAUGUAUAUUCUGUACAUACCGUACAUAAAUAUAUAUAUAUAUAAAAACGAUAGGAAAACUUCAUUGAUACAGUUUUACUUUGUGUUUUUUUAUUUUUAUCAACGAGGAUCAGGGCCAUGCUCAAAUGAAAAAAAAAAAGUAAUAAUUUGGAUUUUUUUUUAAAUUAUUAUUAAAGUAGUACUACAAUAAAGUAUACUUUGGGGGAAAAGGUAGUACAGUCAAGAAUAAAGUUGGAAAUUUACAAGGAAGAAUUUAAGAAUAUAGCAUUUCAGUUUUGAUAUCCGUUUUUGUAAUGUUCAAUUUUUAACUUAAAAAAAAGCUCUACUUAAUAAAUUAUUACAUUUUUCUCCUCCCCCAAACUAACGAAACAACGGAGCCAAUGGUUUUUUUUUUUUCUUUUUUAAGGAAAAGUUGACUUUUUCCCCAAGAUUAUAUUCCUUGUUACUUUAUUAUCUUGGAAAAAAUAGUUUAAAAAGAAAAAAAGUACUCGCCCCUGGGCUAUUUUCCCCUUACUAUUAGUCGCUCACUUUCGGUAAAAUGAAAAUAAAACUUCAGUUAAAAAAAAUUAAUUGGUAAAAGUAAGUUUUUACUUAUUUAAUCAAUAUUUUAUCUUUAAAUUUUUUUUUUCGACAUCACUUUUUUCCUAAUUAAAAUUUUUCCUUACAACUUCUAAAAAAUAAAAUAAUAACAAAUAAAGCCCAAAGAAAUGUGACACCCGCCUUCCAAACUUUAUUUUUCUUUUGAGCAUGGCGCUCGUCGUCGCCGUCAACCCGAUCAACGUUUGCGUUUGUUGUGACUAAUAUUUGUUAUCGUGUGGCCCCUCGUCCUUCUCUCAUGAGGAAUAUCAAUGUGAUUUUUCUUUUUCUUUUCACUUUUCCUAACGACGUUUUUUUCGAAGCCGUUGGGACGGCGCGCGCAUGCUCGACAAUCACGUACGUUCUCAGGUUGGCUUCUCGCGGUCGCCGCUCGGACGCACUCGCAGAAAUUUGAGCGAGCGGACCGAGCCCGACGACGCUGUGCAUGUUCUACCUAAGUCUUUGUGGUUCUGACAGCAUCCGUCUCGACCCGUUAGCUGAACCCCAAAACCUUAACCGACAAGAACAAAAAAAAAAAAAAAAAAUGAUGUCAGAAGCAAGCUAAGUAUGCACUGAUCAAGAUGGAAGUGGCACUCCCGUCUUUCUAUUUUCACUUCCAAAAUAAAACGGGUCCGCUUUGCUCCUCAUUCAGUACCGAGCAGAAUUCGGACCACCCUCAAAAACAAAAAACUUUUUGUUUACCAAAAUUCAUGUAUUUUUUUUCUUUAAUUAAAAAUGGUCCUUGUUUAAAAAAAAAAAAAAAACAUGGGGAGAGGCUCAAGAAUUAUAAUUCAAAUUUUUGAAGAAAUAUCAUUGGCUAUCAACCAUUUCAAGGUGCAUCCUGCCUCUUGCCCAAAGG